ACUUCGAGUUGUAGGACAAUAAUAUAUCAUAUUGUAGCUUGUAAUCCAGUAUCUGUGAUUAGCUUGGUUUCACAUAUAUCUAGUGUGGUUAUUCGUGCACAUAGAAAGACAAAACAUACUCAAAGCACAUUUAGGUCGAAACAAAAAGCUCCUCAUCGGAUUAUAAAAAUACAAACUGCCAAUGUAUGGCUUGCAUAGGGUAGGGUGUCCGAUUAUCCACUCUUUCGCAUAUGACGCUGCAGCGUUGGUGAGGGUCUCGCUAUGCCUUAUAAGCGCCCCGCUAUGCUCUAUAAUGUGGCAUGCAAGGAGGUUUGGAUUGUCUAUCGCUCGCAGCUGUGCUACCCCCUCUCGAUACGGAUAUGGUGACGUCGCCGCCGAUAUCGAGUAGACCGGAUAAUUAUCGCAAGACGUAAUAGAGAGCUCUGCGCCCCAAUACUGAGGCAGGCGACGUUCACUGCAGAAUAGAAGGCCGGAUGCAACACACCCGCGUUGCUAAAUGGUCAAAUUGAGGAAUAAAUGCGGUGAUACAAAUGGAAACCGCGUAGGCGUCUGCACGGAUCGUCACAUCGCCAGGCCACGGAAAUAACUAUCAAGCCAUCAAGCCCAACGUCCAAAGAACGCGGGAGGACUAGACCAGGAUCGAGCGAAGCGCGGUUGCAGCAGGCCACGCAAAGGCGCAGACACGAUCAACAGCAAUGCUAAGAAGCAGGCCAGGAAUACACCAUCAGCGGUGCUCGAAGCAUCCGCGCGAAGCGCACCACGUUUCGGCGCGUACGCUCAAGGAUCGCCUGCGCCGUUGGAGAGCCCAGAAUGACCGCCAGAGAUUCAGAAUGUGCACUUGUGUAUUUGCGAUGUACAGCAGCCUUACCUCCCUCGUCGUCCAGUCCGUUCCCGCGGCGCCUGGCACCGAGCAGCGCUGCAAAACAGCAUCCAGCAUGCCCUGUGCCACCUGUCCAAGAACACCGCCUUAGGUUGCUCUUCCGCGCGAUUUCCAGCAGGCGGGGAAAAAAUUACCCGCGGCCGAAACCG